CCCAUGGCACCCCUCCCGCCCCAAAUCGCCCGCAACAAGGGCCGGACUGCCGAAGAGAUCCUCAAGGAACUGAACUCGUCGCCCUUGUUCAUGACGGAGCUCGAGGAGGACAACGAGCAGCUGCAGGCCCUCGAGGCCCUGGCGUACGAGGGAUCGCCCAUGGAGAACGCCACCGACUUCAAGCGCAGCGGCAACGAGGCCUUUGGCGAGAAGCGCUGGGCCGACGCCGUCGAGUUCUACGGCCGCGGCGUGUCCAUCAUGCUGCAGGAGGAGGCGCGGCGCAAAAAGGGCACCCCGCCCCCCGAGCAGUACCCGCAGGGCAACGACGAGGACGAGGUGGAGAGGCAAAGAGCCAUGAUCGGCACGCUGUACUCGAACCGCGCCGCCUGCCACCUCGAGCUCAAGAACUACCGCAGCUGCUACCUCGACUGCCGCAACGCCCUGCAGUACAACGACCGCAACCUCAAGGCCUGGUACCGCUCCGCCCGCGCCCUGCUGGCCGCCGGCAGGAUAGAAGAGGCCGACGACGCCUGCGCCGGCGGCCUGUCCGUCGACCGCGACAACGGCCCGCUGCAGGAGAUUGAGAAGGAGAUCACCGCCAAGAAGGAGGCCCUCGCCAAGAAGCUCGCCGAGGAGCAGCGCCGCAAGGCCGAGGCCGCCGCCCACGAGAUGACCCUGGCUAGGGUGCUGCGGGAGCGCAACAUCACGGUGCGCAAGUCGGCGCGGCCGCCUGAGAUGGGCGACGCCAGGGUGCAGGUCAUCGAGGCCGGCGAGGCCGGCGGCGAGCAGGGCCGUCAGGGGGAGCUCGUCCUGACGUUCCCCACCGUCUUGCUGUACCCGCUGCAUUACGAGAGCGACUUUAUCAAGGCCUUUAGCGAGAGGGAGACCCUCAUGCAGCACUUUGGCUAUGUCUUCCCGCUGCCCUGGGACCGCGAGGGCGAGUACAAGGCCGGCGGCGUCGAGUGCUUCAUCGAGACCGUCACGGGGGGCUUGAUGAGGGUCGGCAAGAAGGUCGAGCUGCGGUCCGCCUUGGCUACGGACAGCGUCGAGGUGGUGGACGGCGUCGUCAGGAUCUAUGUGGUGCCCAAGCCCAAGGCAGAGGGCUGGGUGAAGGAAUUCAAGGCGACCAAG